AAUUAAGGAGGUAAGAGAGUGAGAUAUGGGAGAGGCCGGGAGAGGGGUGGGAGGAGCAAACCCAUUCAUGGGCGCAUUGAUGCUGCUGUGCUACUCUCUCUUCACAGCAGUACUGCUCAUUGCCGUGACUGCGUCGGCGUCGGUCAACACACUUCCUGGCUGCCCAGCGACAUGCGGCAACGUUAGCAUCCCCUACCCAUUCGGCAUCGACCCGAACUGCUCCUUUCCAGGUUUCGAACUUAGCUGCAAUGACAUUGGCAAUGGCGUCUACAAACCAUUCUUCGGCAACGUAGAGUUCAUCAACAUAUCCUUGCAGGCAGCCCAGGCUCGCAUCUACAACUACAUAUCCUGGCAAUGCUACAACGCCACAUACGCCAACGUGUCGUCCAACACAUGGCGUCUAAAUUUCACUGACAAUCCAUUCCGGUUCUCCGACAUCGAUAACAAGUUCACGGUUGUCGGCUGCGACACCCUCGCGUACAUCGGUGGGCGUAGUCAGAAAGAAAUUAGCUACACGAGCGGAUGCGUAUCGGUCUGCCACAGCAGGGAGAGCCUGACAAACGGGUCAUGCUCCGGCAUCGGCUGCUGCCAGACUUCCAUCCCGAAGGGAAUCAACUACUAUGAUGUGGCCUUCGAUAGCAAAUUCAAAAACUCCCGGGUGUGGAACUUCAAUCCCUGCAGCUUCGCCGUUCUGACCGAAGUCGAGCGGCUCAACUUCAGCACGGCUUCCAUUACUACUCGCGAGCUGAAUGAGACGAAUGGGGGGCGGGCGCCCGUGGUGCUGGACUGGGCCAUCGGCAACGAGACGUGCGAGGUCGCAAAGCGCAACACAACCUCCUAUGCGUGCCUCAGUAAGCACAGCAAAUGUUCUGACUCCACCAAUGGCCCAGGAUAUCUUUGCAGCUGCUCCGGUGGGUACCAGGGCAACCCCUAUCUUCCCAAUGGAUGCCAAGAUAUUAAUGAAUGCGAUCUCAAAGAGGAGUAUCCUUGCUAUGGGAUUUGCAACAACACAGAUGGGGGAUAUAAUUGUACAUGUCCAACAGGCACGAUGGGCGAACCGAAAAAUGGAACCUGCAAUCCCGACCACAGCAAUCUUUCCACGUCAGUGAAAUUGGUUAUAGGCAUUGUCAGUAGCACCAGCUUGGCCCUUCUGCUCUUACUAUCCAUUGUCGUUUAUAUGGUACAUGAAAGAAGAAAACUUACGGGAAUAAAAGAGGAAUACUUUCGGCGACAUGGAGGGCGGCUGUUACUUGAAGAGAUCAAGUCGAAGCAAGGCCUUGAAUUUAACGUAUUUACGAAAGAGGAGAUGGAGCAGGCAACAAACAACUUUGACAAGAACCGAAUUCUUGGAGGUGGAGGUCAUGGAACUGUCUACAGGGGAAUACUGAAUGACAGCCGUGUAGUUGCCAUAAAAAAAUCAAAAAUAAUUGAUGAUCACCAAAAGAAGGAAUUUGGGAAGGAGAUGGUUAUUCUUUCUCAGAUCAACCAUAAGAAUGUGGUGAAGCUCUUAGGAUGCUGUUUGGAGGUGGAAGUCCCUAUGUUGGUUUAUGAAUUUAUCUCCAAUGGAACCUUAUUCCAAUUAAUCCAUAACAGGAGUAGUGGAUCCAACAUUUCAUUAGAUAUCCGUUUGCAGAUUGCUUUACAGUCCGCAGAAGCCCUUGCAUAUCUACAUUCAUCGGCUUCCCCUCCAAUCCUUCAUGGAGAUGUCAAGUCUUCCAACAUACUUUUAGACGACACCUACAAUGCAAAGGUGUCGGAUUUUGGAGCUUCAAUGUUGGUGCCAAAGGAUGAAACUCAGUUUGCUACACUAGUUCAAGGAACUUGCGGUUACCUCGAUCCCGAAUACUUGCAAACCUGUCAAUUAACUGAUAAAAGCGAUGUUUAUAGUUUUGGUGUUGUUCUUCUGGAGCUCCUUACCGGAAGGAAGGCAGUUUAUUUUGAAGGAUUUGAUGAAGAAAGAAGCCUCUCAUCAUGUUUUUUAUCUGCCAUGAAGGAGAAUCGACUACUACAACUUUUGGACAAUCAAAUUAUUAAUGAGGAUAUGGAGUUGAUACAAGAUAUUGCUGAGCUAGCAAGGCGUUGCCUCAAUGUUAGAGGCGAAGAUAGGCCUAAAAUGAAGGAGGUGGCUGAUGAGCUAGAUCAGUUAAAAAAAUUCAAACAACAUCCAUUUUUACAGCAUAAUCCCGAAGAGAUUGAGAGCUUGCUUAGUGAGCCAUCAAGCUACAAUGAAAAUGAAAGCUCUAGAUACUACAGUAUAGAUAACAAAGCAGCAUUAAAUAUAGAAUGUGGAAGAUGAUGUGUGUGUGUGUGUGUGUGUGUCUCCAUAUAUAUCUUUGCUUAGUUUCUUGUAGAAGCGUUGGGGGACGAUCAUAUUAUAUAAGAAUAAUACGAGUUGGGGGAUGCUAGUUUAUGUGUAGUCGUGCGUAGGUCUACCAGAUGCAGUGUUUCUAGUUUUUGAAAUAUGACUUGUUUAAAUUGUGUAUGUAUGGUUUUCUUGU